UUUGUGUUAUUUGCACCACGUGACACCAGACAUGGCCGCCAGCGAGCCGAGUAAAGACGGUAAGGACACCAUUCUGGAGCCGCUGUGUUUCCCCGAUCAGCCGGCUGACACCUCCAGCCCUCCCGGUGUUCAAUGUCCCGGCUCCGAGCCGCUGGUCUGCCUGCUCUGCUCUGAGUCCGUCCCACCGCCGCAGAAAGACGUCCUCCUCAGACACCCGCUGAUGGAGCACAAGCUUGUCAUCGCAGACGUCCCAAAGUACUUGCUGUACUGGAAGGGCAGAUUCCUCGAGCAGCCGGUCACAGAUUUCUGCAGCGUCAUCAAAACCAACUCCACGGGCCCAGUCGAGAAGCAGGAGGACUACUUCCUGCUGUGUGACGUCCUUCCAGAAGACAGAGUCCUCCGAGAGAAGCUGCAGCAGAAACGACUGGAGGAGGUCCUGGAGCAGCAGCAGAAGGAGCGAGACGACAGCAGCUUCCAUCGUCUCUGCAUGUUCUGCAGCGAAGAGUUCACGGGAAACCGGUCGUCUCUGCUGAACCACAUGGCCAUAGAGCAUUCCUUCAGCAUCGGACUGCCGGACAACAUCGUCUACUGCAGCGAGUUCCUCGACACGCUGCAGGACAAACUGGACAGUCUGCAGUGUCUGUACUGCGAGAAAACGUUUCGAGAUAAAACCACGCUGAAGGAUCACCCGAGGAAAAAAGCUCACCGCCACAUCAACGCCAAAAACCACGAGUACGACCGCUUCUCCGUCAUCAACUACCUGGAACUGGGAAAAACGUGGGAGGAGGUGCAAAGCAAAGAUGACCGUGAGCUGGCGGAUGAUGAGGAUGAAUGGUGCAGUUACUGGGUGUAACGUUUAUUUUAAACCAACACGACAUCACCAGUCUGAGCACGCUUGAUCUCGAGAGCUAACCAGGUGCUGAACCAGGUGCUGUGAGCUCGGGGUAGCUGUGGAUCAGGAGGUACAGCGAAAGGUUGGAGGUUUGAUCCCCGGCUCGAUCCCAAAUACUGACCCUUGGGUUGUCCUUCCUGAGAAUAUUCUUAUUUACUGUGUCAGCCUGGAUGCAAAAGUUUAAAUCAAGUCCACUUCCUACUCCUCCUCUGAUCCUGUGUGAAUGCUUUCAGUCUGCUCGUUUCAUCUCCGUAUCGUCAUGGGAGCGCAAAACUGUCUGUCUGUGGUAAAAGAAUGACAAAACCUGCAAGGCGUGCCAUUUUAUGUGCAGAAUAUGCUAUUUUAGGUCAGACACGCCCAGAGCUCUGUUUCCUUCAGCCCCGUUUGUCACUCUAGUCCGUUUAUAACCAGGGUUGUGUUUUGUGUCUGUCAUCCCUACUAUGUGGUGCUGGAGUCCCUUCCUCUCCUGCUCCCUGAAGGCCUGACAGAAGCUCUGGAUGUGCUUGUCCAUCUUCUGGGCGUGGCGGCCCAGGAACUCCCUGACGUCCUCCAGGCUCCUCAGGCUGUAAGAAGACGGCGUGCUGACCUCGGACAGGCUCGGGUCCACCUCCAUGGGUCUGGAGACGCACAGGAUGCUGUAGCUUUGCUCCCGGUCGUUGUAGAAGGUCUCCUCGAACAGGAUGGGGAUCGACACUGGAGCCGGGAACCCGCAUCCCAGCAGGACCUGCCUGUCCUGGAUCCGGACCUCCUGUAACACACCCAGAGAAAAAGAAGCUAUUAAACAGCCUCUUUUUGUAUGUAAAAGUAGGACAGCGGUGCAUUUAAACUCAGCCUCUGGCAACAAUGAGCAGCACAGACUGGCUUGUGUUGAAGACAGACCUUCCCGACCGCAGUCUUAUAACCGUCCUCCACGGGCUGCAGCACAUAGCUGUCGAAGUGAGAGUCCGAGUAGCUGCUGAGGGUCAAACUUCCACAGCACGGCACCAGAACCUGCAGGUUCAAAGCCACACGCAGCGUAUUCAAUUUAUGAACCACAGGUCUGAUCUGUGUUAGGAAGCAGAAAAUAGGAUCAAAUGGUACAAAGAGUGGAGUCUUCACUCUAUUAACUGUGGUUAGGUGGACGUACGAAGAUGAUGAACAGCACUGAAAAAGGCUCUUGGACUCUAACUCACUUACGCUUUUAAAAUAGUAGAAGAUGUUAUCGUGAAGUAUAAUGCACUUCGGUGUGUAGUGGGAGUAUUAAAAUUUUAGUAUUAAGAUUUUAGAGCCGAGGCUCCACAGUGUUUGCAGGUUUGUGUUUAACCCUCUCUGCAAAUUCAGGUAUCCGAUGGUCUGAAAAUAGCGCAGAAACACUGAAAUUAAACAGGCGUCAUUUGUUUUUAAGUGUGGCAUCACCAUGGCUGUGUGACAUCACCAUGGCUGUGUGACAUCACCAUGGCUGUGUGGCAUCACCAUGGCUGUGUGGCAUCACCAUGGCUGUGUGACAUCACCAUGGCUGUGUGACAUCACCAUGGCUGUGUGGCAUCACCAUGGCUGUGUGUGACAUCACA